CUCGACCCUGUUUCUGCCCUGACUGCGAGUGCUGCUCCUUUUACGUGCUGUGCCGGACCGUGAAGCAGUCUUCAAACCUUGUUUGCGACCGAUGCCGCGCGUCCCCGCUGCGAAGCCCGCUGUUUCGGCCGUCACCCUGGUGCGCGGUGGAGCAGCGAAGGCUCAUGGCAAGCCUGCACCUCCUGCCCGGACCGUGCUGGUCGCUCCAGAGCAGCCGCCCGCACCCCCUAGCAGGAGCGAGUUUGAAAAGGAGACGUGCCCCCUGUGCGUGGAGGACCUGGAUGAGACAGAUAUGUCAUUCCAGCCCUGCCCCUGCGGGUACCGUAUGUGCCUGUUUUGCUUUGAGAAGCUCAAGCUGCACUGCAGCAGUGUGUGCCCGAACUGCCGGCGAGGGUUCGGCAGCGAUGAGGCCAGGGAGUACGCAAAACAGCUGGAAGCAGAGCGCGUGCAGGAGGCUAUGCGGCCCAAACCCACAGCGCCGGCGCCUGCGGCCUCAACGUCGGCAGCCAGCGCGGUCGCUAGUCGCGCGGCGGCGAAGCCGGUGCCCGCGGCUGCUCGGCGAGACGCUCCGCCCCUCCCAGCAGCCAAGCGGGGCAGCACGGCGCUCGAGGACCCCUCUGGCGCGGGCCCGGGCCUGCCUAGCGGCGUGACGUGGGCAAACGCGUCGCCUACCAGCGGGCUAUCGCGGAACCAGUCGGUAGAAAUUGAGCGGCCAGCGCUCAGCAUGGACGAGUCCUCGUGGCCAUCGCUUGGCGCGCCCACCACGCACCAGCAGCCGCAGCACCCGCAGCCUGCACGGCAGCACCAGCAGCAUCACCACCACCAGCAUACCGGCUCGCAAGGUCAGGGCAGCAUGGCGGCAGGGAGCACGACGGCGUCGGUGGCAGGCGGGCAGCAGCACCGGCACAGUCCAUCUGGCGCGAGCGAGGGGCUGAACAGCUAUGACAUGUCGGGCCCGGGCACGCGGCGCAGCAGCUCUGUGGCUUCAUCUAUGGACCGCGCGGCUAGCAGCGGCUCGCUCGAGCUCAUGUCCCAAGAUCCACCGGUUACGCCUGAGCAGCUGCUGCAGCUGCAGCACCAGCAUCAGCAGUACCAGGCCCAGCAGGCCCAGCCCGUGUCCCUGUCGUCUUCCUCGUCCGCUUUCCCGCCCAUGCUGCCGCCCGGGUUCGAGGCCUCAUCCUCCUACUUCGGUGCGCAGGUGGCGACGACGGUCAACGGCAUGCGGCGGGCCGUUAACGUGCCGCUGUCGUUGGGUGCCAGCAGUGUGGAGCCUUACCCGGAGGCGCCAGCCCUCCUGGCGUCCAUGCAGCAGGGCGUGGCGCAGGGCACCGUGUCUAGCAAGGAGGCCGCAUCGCAGCUGAUGGCGCUGCUGCAGCAGAAGAACCAGGACCAGGCAGCGGCCCGGCGGCCAGUGACGAAGCCGCCCCCUGGCUUCAGUGCCCCGGCGCAGCCAGCGGCCGCCGCUCAGACGCAGGCAACAGUGGCGGCGCAAGGCGCGCCGCUGGUCGCUGCACGCCCGCCUCCUCCUCCGGGCUUCACCCACCUGCAGGGCACCGUAGUGCAGGCACCGGCGGUGACGCGGGCGCCCAUCCAGCCGCCUCAGCAGACGGACGCCUCAGCCUUUGGUUCCGCGGCCGGGCCCAUCGGCCUCAACGCCAACGGCACACCGCGCACGUACUCAAUGUGGUCGGGCCUGCCGGGCAUGGACCUGUCAGCCUCCACUGGCCUGUCCUCGCUGUGGCAGAAUCUCAACGCCACGGCCCUGGGCGGGAUGGGCGGCGCAACGCAGCCCUACAACCCUCUGGGCAUGAUGGGCAGCGAUCAGUCAGGGCUAGCGUACGGUGGCGUGCGGGCGCCGAUGGCGGGCGCGCCGCCCAAGGCGCCGCCGCCGGGCUUCGGGCCGGCAGCGUUUGGCGGCGCACCGGCGGCGACGGGCACGGCACAGCAGGCGGCUGGCGGGGCGAAUGCAGUGCUCGGGUUGGCGGCGAACCCGUACCGGUACAAUCCACUGGGCCAAGCUAUGUCGGGCGCAUACCGCCCCCCUCAGCUCGGCGCCGGCCUGUAAGUUACCUGCAACGGAGGGCUGCUGCGGAUGAUUUCCCAAGUGUAGUGUAACUGUAGUCAAUCGAGAGUGUUUGCCUAUGAAUCUGCUUGUCGAGAGACCGAAAUCCUUAUCAAUUCAUUGGUGAUGGCAUCCAUCACCAGGAGGGUUCGGUCGUGCGCGGCUUGACAGAGCGGGGCUCACGUCGCAUCUGUCGAGGUUAUGUACCGGGCAGGGUUUUUGUGUUUGAGUUCGAGAGCCAGCAUUAGGUGUAAGUGUGUACUGUGCACAGGAUGGAUGACCCGCAAUCGCCAGCUCUGACGCGCUCGGCGAUUGCCAUGAUUUUAUGACGAGGGAUUGACACAAGUAGCAAACCAAACCUCAGUACAGACAUCGGGUAACGACCAAGCGAUACGGCAUGCGGUCAGCAAGACGUGAUGGUGUUGAGUGCGGGGUGGUCCGCGUCAUGAUGGAUGGUGCGGCAAUAGUCGGAAGGGGCGCUGCAGGUACUGCACUGCAGCUCGUGUGUUGCCGAGGCGCCGCACGGCAUGAUGCCAAAAGGCACACGACAUAGUCUAGGGUGAACCGCGUUCGACAUUCGUCGCGGAGAGGAAACAGUAGGCUGAAUCUCGCUGUCGGAUUAUGGCGGGCUACGUGUAAAGCUGACUGGAGGGGAGUGACUGAAAGUAGCGGGCUCUGCAUUUCGUGAUUGUGGUGGCCGCCAGGGAUGUGUGCUCUUAGUAGGGCAGGACAGCUGCAGGGCCUCCAAUGGCCGAUUGACCACUGCGCCAAACUUGGCCCAUACAUGUUCACAUCGCUGACACAAAAUGGGGGAGGUGGGACAGGCAGGGGGAGCGGGUGGUGCCGAGUGGCAUGCACCUGCAUGUGCGCCAGUCUUAAGAUUCCGACAUUA